GUGGCGUAUGCCAUGUACCCAGGUAGGGGGUUUGCGGGCGAUUUCAAAGUUACCUUUGAGCUUUGUAAGGUCGACUGGAAAGUUGAAAUGUGUCGCCAGGAAUCGAACUGUAAUGCUAAACCGGUAAGGGUGACUGCGUUACACUUUACAAAUCCGCGAGUUCGUAACGCCAGUCGAUCGGGUACAUUUAGCGUUACCAGAAUUUCGAAGACUAUCUUCUACUAUACAUACACUGUACACUAAGUCGAACUGCAUGCACUGUGGUCGGACGGUCCUAGAUAGGCAGGCGCCCAAGGGGGGCGUUCAGGGCCACACAAGCCGGCUAUGUGCCAAUGGUGCUUAUACCCGAAGUCAAGCAGGACUACAGAAGCUCAGUAGGUGAGGCCCGUGAGGAAGAGAAAGGCUUUGCCACAUUUGCAAGUCGUGCUCUCUAGCUCAGCACUCGAAGUAAAAGCUUGAUUCAAGGCGGCGCUUGUUGGUGUGAUUUUUAAGGAGCUCACAGGAGAGAGGAACUGAGCGCCCUUGCACUGAUCUCAGAAGAAUGCUGCUGGCCCUUAGCUGAUCAUGGCCUCAGAAGCUCUUCCUGAGAGAGCUAGACCUUACAAGUUUGCUGAGGAGGGGAUCUAAGACUGAUGAGUGCAGGGUGCGCAACAGCUGGCACCACCUGCCUGCGCUCCUCUGCUUUCAAUGGCCGCUUGUUGUGGAGCUGCGACGGCUGCUGCGACGUCUCUGUAGCUGCACAAAGGCUCGCAAUGGGCGUCUUUGCUCAAACCCCCGAGCCUGGCGCUUUAGGAGUAAGAGCCUAGAACCGCAGGGUGAUGGGGCCCUUCAGCUUCCGGAAGGCGCUGGUCAUCUUGUGUUGCUUUGUGCUAUGCACAUUAUCCCUUUUGGCUUUCUACUCCAGCUAUGGUUCUCCAUUUGGCCACGUUAACCUGCUGUCAGGAGCAAAGCUGGCAUUGAGCAAGUACGGACUUGAUCACUUCAGAGACUUGGCAGGCAUCCAGAGCAAUGCGCCCAUUUUGGACGUCCGACGAGAAGACCACGCACUUGUCGACAGCAGCCAAGACGCACAACUGAUAAACAGAUGGAGGAGUGGCAAGCUUUCAGAAACAGGCUCCCACCCAGAGGCGUCUUCACUAGCUUUCAACGGAAACACAUCGAGCAGCUUGAGUUUGAUGCAUAAUGGCACUGACACAGUUCCUGUUGUUGGAUCAGCCGCAAAAGAGACGCUAACCAACAACCGUUCCGUAAAACGUGCACCGCUAACCCACUUCCCUUCAGGAGAUUCAAAGGCCCACCUGAGCCCCCGAUUUCUGUACUGGGGCCCAGAGAUCGACCACCCGAACGCCGUCUGUUCCGGCUUCAACCAUCAGACGGUCAGCCUCGUGUGCGCUCUGAACGAGGCCCUCGCAACCAAUCGCACCUUCAUUUUGCCGUCGCACAUGUGCAUCAGCAGACGGCACAGGGGGCUUCCACAGCUCGGAGAUGAAAUCGAGGUGCAAGAUGGGGGCAGAAGUUCUGCUACAGAAGCAACCUCUUCUCACAGCUGGGCGGAGCUUGAAAGUCUGAUAGACGUGGGCUGUUUGAACACGCUUGUCCCAGUCGUCUUGAACAAAUCAGCGGAAGUUCGUGGCUUCUUACAUCGAUGGGAAGCUCAGAGUGCGACCGAUGUAGGAAGAUGCUUCAACUUAUCUGGCAGCGAGUUGAGACCAACAAGAAACAAGGAAAAGGUGAGUCCAAUCGAAGGGGUUCUUCAAGAACUUCAAGUACCAAGCGAGUCCGAGGCUCCUAAUAAGAUCGUGUUUCCAGACGAAAACAAAGGCGGGGGAUCUAAAAUUUCAGAUAAGAAGAGACACUCCUCCGGUUCUGUUUGCGUUAUUGACGGUGGAGUGAGUUUUGCGGACGUGGCGCCAUGGAAUGUGUCCGAGCUGCUGGUGCGGACACGUCCAAGUGGCGUCCACUUUCCCUGGUUCAAGGUGUGCAAACAGGGGAGCUACGAAAAGCGCAUCUGGCACUCACAAUUGUUUCCGGUAUGCUUUGCGGAGCCGUUGCGCAAAGCGGCGCGGGAAAUGCAAGCUGCGAUGGGGGACUAUGAUGCGGUGCACGUACGAAGGGGGGACAAGCUGACUGGGUAUCCGAGUCGGCAUUGGCCGCACUUGGCGCGUGACACGUCACCGUCCGCAAUCCGGGCCCGGCUGUCCAAAUGGAUCCCGGCCGGCAGGAGCGUCUACGUGGCGAGCAACGAGGCGAACCAGAGCUUUUUCGAGGAGCUGCGGCGGGACUUCAAGGUGUUCCAGCCGUUCAAUUUCAGCGCCAUUCUCCGACCAGUAAUCCGCAACGAGUACCAGCUUUACAUCGUUGAGAACCUGGUGCUACGUGGCGCCACCACAUUCGUCGCUACAUUCAGAGAGGAGGACAUGCUAGGCCACAACACGUCGCACUUCCUGACGUGA